AUGUCUCAACCACCCCCAUAUUAUAAUCAGCAACCGGGAUAUUACAAUCCACAAGGCUACAAUCCCUACCCAGCACAGAAUGCCCCGUAUCCAGCUGGACAAUAUCAACCACAACCACAAGUCAUUUACCAAGAAGCUCCUCGUCGAAACGAUUGGCCGGGCGACGAUUGUUGUUGUAAAUGGUUGGCAACGCUGGCUUGUGGUUGCCUGUUAGGGGAAAUGUUCUGUGAUGGGCCGUGUCUUUGCUGUUAUAUUCCGAUUCCAUGUCCAAGAUGGAGA